CCCGGGUUCCAGCCCGAGCGCGAGCACGCGCAUCAGCCCGUCUUUCGUUGCCAUGGCAACAGAGAGACGCUUCGUCUCUUUUCCUCAACUUCAGAAGAAAGCCUUCCUUGGCGUCGGAGCAAGCCCACUGGGGAGACACUGGACUAAGAGUGUUUGUAGAAUAUUGCGGAAGGACAUUCACGCAGAAAUUUACUCCUAAACUGAGUCUUGAAAAAAGACGCCAACAACCUGAGAGUCUCAAGUCAGAAUGUAUAAGGUAGACAUCCAACCAGAGCAGAAGCAUGUUGUGGCCACUGAAGCCCGAAGGAACCAGGAGAAACAGAGGCAGAGCCGAAUCUUUAAUGUUCGGAACCGAGUAAUUGGGGUGAGUGGAUGUGAAACCCUGAAGAACCAAGUGCAGGAGCAGAAAAGGCGAGAAGAUGCUGAGCGGGCUCGUGAGGCAGCCUUUGAUGCCAGCCGGGUCCAGUGUGACCUGGUGACCCAGCUGCUGGAGAAGGAGGAGUUGCAGCAUGCCCGGCAGGUAACCCAGCAAGCACAGGCCUUCCGUGAGCGGGAGCAGCAGCCCCAGGACCGCCGAGACUUUGACCUGUCUGACCCAGCAAGGCUUCGGAAGAAGCCACUCCGAGUGGGCGACCUGGACCCCCACUGUGGGCCCUCCAGCAUGCAGCGCUUUGCUGGGGAAGACUUGGGCCAAGCUACCCGCCAGCGCCUACAACGCGAACAGGCCCGUCGUGAACUGAGCCGUCAGCAGGAAGAGCAGCGUCAGGCUAGGAGGGAUGAGAAGUACUCAGAGAUUCUAGAUGACCGGAAGCGGAUAGAGAUGGAUCUUCGAGCCACUCACCUGGAGGAUUUGGAAGCUGCCUGCCGAAAAGCCAUGGCUGUGGCUGUGGCUAAUUACAACAGGGCUCAGGCCAUAGAGGUGGAGGCACAGCGAUGUCUGGCCCGCCAGAGGGAGCAGGAUGACAACCUCAAUGAGAUCUACAAUCACCUGACCAGCGACAUGCUGACAGAGAACCCUUCUGUCUCCUCGAACCCCUUGGUCCCACAUCGGGUGGUCCUGGAGCACUGGAAGGGCAUGACCCCUGAGCAAACAGCUGCCAUCCAGAAGGAGCAGGCAGCCCAGCACCUCGAGGCCCAGCGCCGGCGGCAGGCCGAGUGGCGCCUGGAAGCCAAGUGGGCCCUCCAGGAUCAGUUGGCUGCUUGGGCUGCUUGCCAGCUGAAACACAAGCAGCAGGUGCAAGCACGGAAGCUGCGGCGGGACCUCGACGCGUACAACAAGCAGCUGGCCCGAGAGCAGCAGGCUCAGAGGGACCACCUGGACAAAGCAGUAUACACCAACCAGCCCACGGCCCACUUCCACCUCCAGUUCAACACCAGCAGCCGCUGAGGACCCAGGCGA